CCUCAGACUCACAUGUGAACUACAAAAGUAGUUCAAGAGAGAAGAGGACAUUUUUAUCACAGCCUAAAUCAGACCUAAGUGUGUUAAAAGAUUAGUAUCAAUUAGCUGCUGCAGAUCAUGGGUGUCACAUUAUCUGGUGUUGUGCUGAUCUUUCUGUUUAUAGGACUGAGUAAAUGGACGGCAGAAAGCUGCAGCUGUAUCCCACGUCACCCUCAAAGACUAUUCUGCAGUUCUCAAAUAGUGAUGCGAGCUGUGAUAACUGGAGAAAAAAUGAAUUACGAUUACAAGAUGUAUGGCCUGGAAACAAUUCAAUAUCCCAUCAAAGUUAUCAAGGUGUUCAAGGGUUUUGAUGUUACUAAGGAAAUCCAGUAUGUCUACACCAAUUCCGAAUCAUCAGUGUGUGGUAUCACAUUGAACCGUGGCCAGUAUCUGCUUUCAGGGGUAAUUAAUCCUGGUGGGUUCUACAUUUCACUGUGCAGUUUCAUUCAACGCUGGGACAAACUCUCCCAAACGCUGAAAAAGAACAUCAAACACAGAUAUAAGAUGGGCUGUGACUGCACGAUUUCCACAUGUUUUCGGAAUUCCUGUCAGUCCAGCCCUAACACUGAGUGUAUACUGACAGACAGGAGAGACUUAUGGUCAAAGGACAAAAAUGACAUGAUUAAUGAGAAUGUUUGUAUUAAACACAGCAGUGGUUCCUGUAGCUGGCACACUGGAAGUUCAAAUUCUUCAGACAGUAUCACUACAACAUAAAUGUGUCUGUGGUCUCAAGACCAAAAGAAAGAGUGUAAAAGAGAAGUAAAAGAAGAGAAGUAAAACGAAGUUCUCAGUAAAAGAAGAGAAAAGGGUUUGAUCCCGAGUCCUGUUCCGCAUUGUAGGAUUUUUUUUACAGUAGAGUAACAGACAUUUAUUUUGUCUUAUUUUAAAUGAAUUUUAUAAUUCAUCUUUAUCUUUAUAAUGUAAUCAUUUAAGAUUUUCAAUUUUUUU